UGCAGGGCAGAAGUGCAAAUACAAAAGCAAAAGCACACCGCGAAACCUUCCCCCCUCCGUCUCCUCUCGUUUCGCACCUCCUCCGCUCCUCCCCGGAUGGAUCCCAAGGCGGCGGCGAAGUCGAAGCGCUCGCACACGGUGCACGGCCGCCGCGCGCACCAGACCCCCGCCGCGGCGGCAGCGCACAAGCAGAAGCGCGCUGCCGCCUCGUCCUCCGGCCCCCGCAGCCGCAACCUCCCCUCGAACUGGGACCGCUACGAUGCCGAGGGCGAUGCGGAGGACCCCACGGCCGCCGCGGAAUGGACCGGCGAGGUGGCGCCGCGCAGCAAGGGCGCCGACUUCGCCUUCCUGCUAGAGCAGGCACGGGCACAGCCCCGCGAGGUCCGGGGCCUCAGCGCGCCGUGGCUCCCUUCCCAGGACUCGCCAUUUGAUUUUAUGCAGGUUUCUACGUCUAUGCUCGAAGCUAAAGGUGAAGAGAUCUUGUCCUGGUGUGCUGAUGAUAACUUUAUAUUAGAGGACGAUUUAGCGCCAGAUUUUGAGGUGCCUUUUCUCUCCAUGGAUUUGCAUGCGUUGGCCAACCAGCUUUCAAAGCUUAAGCUUUCUCAGAGACUUUUUAUGGAAGAAGAUAUACUACCUGAGGAUCUGGCCGAUGCAUCCGAAGACAACAAAAUACCGAUUGAGUGUGACACCUCUGUGGCAACUGAUUCUGAAGGCAGUGCGGUUCAACAUAACAUAAAGAACAUAGAGCCCUGGAAAGAUGGAAGUCAUCAUGAGUACACCAGUAUCAUCCGUUCUGAUGGUCAAACAAAAACAGGACAUCAAUCGCGAUCUUUUGAACAAAAAACUACUACAUCGCCCAAGAUUACUACUCAACUAGUGCAAUCAGACGGUGAAGAUGAUAAGAGAUAUACAAGGAUCAUGGAUACUGAUCCUGAUACAGGCCAUAGCAAAGGGUUGAAGUUUGAGGUGGGUGCUGCAGAAGAAGAACUUGACAUGCUUCUCAAUUCAUUUAAUGGAACUCACCUUUCUAACUCCGAAUUGGAUGAAUCGCUUAGACACGAUUCGACUUUGCAAGAUAUGAAGAUCAGUGAGUCUAACGAGAAAGUUACUCCUUAUAUGUCCUCCAAAUCGCCUGCACUUACACCUGUUGAUGAUGCUCUAGUUGACUUGCUUUCAGAGACUUCGGUAUCUGUCCAGAAUGAAGGUUUUGCUACUCCAAGUGUAACUUCUCAACAAACUUUGAAAUCUGGUCACAGCAUUGACUUCAUAUACACUAAGAAAAUCGAUGUGACGACAUCUAUUGAUGAUUCAGUGGAUGAAUUGAUUGAAGACACUUUAUCAUGCUUGAAUGAGCAGAAGCAAACUGCAUCUGCACAAGGACAAAACAACACCUCAAAUGACAGUGCCCCUCCUCAAUCUGGCCCCUCGAAUGUAUCAGAUGAUUUUGAUUCGUGGUUUGAUUCACUAUAGGGGGUAAAAAGGUUGUUGCUGUGAGGAAUUGACAGUUGACUUCAGGGAUUCUUCUCUGCAAUGCAAAGGUCCUUUGUGCUUUUACUCACUCCAUUCAGGAAGCUUAGUGGUAAACCUUUCAGGAAGCUGGAUCUUGAAAUUCCCAUUUGAUAUGGAGGUCAGUAGAGAACAAUCUCAACAUUAAGUUCUCAUGAGAGGUGGUGAAGUGGAUAGGGCAUUGUAUAAAAGUUCAAGAUCAUUUGUGCUGGUUCAUUGCAAGGCUUUUGGUAUUACGUCACAUUGUUGUCAAUAUUGACCUAGUAGACUGGCUGAUGUGAAAUCUGAAGCUUCCAGUGUGCACCAUCGUGAACUGAGCUUAGCCAUAUUUGUGCGGUUGUCCCAUUAUUUGUUGGGGUUUUUUUUUUCCAGAAACAAGCUAAUGCGAAUGUUCUACAGUUCCUGCGCCCUUCGUAGAAGAGCGCUUUAUGGUGUGUUCUCUGUUCGCUGAUGCGUUUCUUUUAUGCUACAUGUAAACUAAACCAUACUGAUCUCUACGGCUGAAAUGGGCCCCAAAUCGCCUAACUUAAAAGCCUGCUGCUUCAUACCUCUGUUCUCUAAUUCAGAUGUUUAGCCUGUGUGCUGCUGCAUCCUGGCAAUAUCAGGAGAAUGUUAAUU